AUGCAAGGUUCAAUUCAUGGACUUCAAGAAUACAAGAAUUUCCAUUAUUAUUUUACAUUUUCAACUGUUAUAGCUGCAAUUCCGUUGUCUUAUAUGCCACCAACUAUUUUUGUUAUGUUUAAAAUUGUUCUAACAUAUUGGAAAUCGAAGAACGUUUCCAUGGAUCGACACAUUUUUACUUUUAUUUCAAUAAACUUUUUCUGUAGCCUCUCAUUUUUCUUUUCUGAUUACUUCCGAAUCACUCUUCCUGCUACUGGAAUCUUCACUUCAUGGUGUGCCUCAGUUCGUCCAAAUCAUUUUUUCAAACUAAUUUUCAUAUCGACCUAUAUUUUCAACUACUGUAUUCUGAUGCUUCCAUUCUACAUAUCACUCAUAAGAGUUGUUAUUCUAUUGCGUCCUAGAGAUUAUGAUAUUAUUUGCCCCAAACUUAUGUUUAUACUGAUUCCUUUGCUUAUAAUCAUACCGUUAGGAUGUACAGCAUUUCUGAUUCCUGCAGUGGGUUACUGUAGAAUAUUAAAUUAUCCUCUGAAGUUUGGAGCGAUAGCUAUAUAUUACUCAGGAGGGUGGCCUGGGUGGAGAAACUCUUACAUUCACUUAAUGAUGUCGAUUAUAAUGUGUUUUCUAACACUUUUAUGUACAGCUCUAAUGUUUUUCAAAUUAAGGGCAACAUCAUUGAAUAGCAAUAUAUCCAUGAAAACGAAGAAAAGCUCGUCAAAAGCUGAACGGUCUCUUACUAUAACAAUAAUCGCUGCAAUGAUUCCAUUUUCCAACAAUACGGCUUGGGCGAUUGUCUAUCUCAGUUUUCCAAAAUAUGGAGACUAUUUCACAUUUACUCGACCAAUUGGAAAUGAUAUUGAGACCUGUGUCACGCCAUGGAUUUUAUAUUUAACUCAUCCGAUGUUCAUGUCGGAAAAGAAAAACGCAAACUCCACGUCUACAAUUUCUGUGAUAAACGCACAGACACAGAUUUGA